GAGGGGGGGGGGUGGGGGGGAUAAGUAGAUGAUGAGCAGGAGUGACCGCAGCAGAUGUUGACUGUCCUCCGUCAGCCAAGCAAACAUGUUUGACAUACAGCAACACACACACACACACACACACAGAUGGAAACAGAGAAAGAGAAAAGAAAAGAAAAAAAUUAUAAAAAUGAUAAAAAAAAAAGAAAAGUGAUUGAAGUCAGUUACAGUCCCUCCUCUUUUCACUUUUCAUUUUUUCCCGUCUCUCGUCUCCUUCCAGGCUUUUUUCCUCUGGGGAUGAUGGGAGAUGCAGCUGGAUAACCCCCCCCCCCCCCACACACACACACACACACACUCUCUCUCUCUCUCUCACUCACUCACACUCUCUCUCUCUCCCCCUCUCUCUGUCUAUCUGGCACUGACGAGAGGUAAACAAAGGAGAUCUCAUUUGGUUCCUGAACUGUUGCAGCGCUGAGUGCAGCCACACACACACACACACACACACACACACACUCUCUCACUUCAUUUCUCUCAUACACACACACACACACACACGUACACGCACACAGCUCACAGUGGUAUUGGCAGGCGAAGAUCCUAGCAGUCCUGGACCGGUCUGCACUCACACCUGCCAGCACUGACAGGGCAGUGCUCACAGAAGAAGAGAAGAGGAAAAAGAAGAGGAAGAAGAAGAAGAAGAAGUCGAGGUGAUACGAGAGGAGGAGGGAAAAAGAGGGUGAAAGAGGAGCGUGUCGUUCUGUGUUUUUGUUGAAUCCCCUGGAUCGAGCCCACGGCUGAUGAUGGAGAACACAUGAGGAGGAGAGGAAGCUGCGGGGACACGCGGGGGAAAAGAUGCUGCUGAGUAAAGUUUGUGGAUAUUUCUAGAGGGGAUUUUUAGCCCUUGAACUUUUGGGGAAGAAUCGGUGCGGAGGGUCGACUGUGUGCAGACUGCAGAGAGAGAAAAGGUGAGUUCAGUGAUUUUUUUCAGCAGAAAAGUCUCAAUGAGUUUCUGUUUUAUUGGUGCUCCCUCAAAACUAAAAGGAAUAUAUAUAUAAGCUCUUAUUUUGAAGGUAAGAGCAUUUUCAUGAAUCUCACUUCGAAGGCAAAAAAAUCAACUACCAGUAAUUUCUCUGUAGCUGAUACUAAACAUUUAAUUUGCCUGAAGCUUCUGGUUUCAACAGUGAUGCUCACGGUCUCCAAUAGCGAUUCUGAGUGACCUGUUUAAAACGUCCUCUGCCCUCUUUCCAUCAUUGAUUCUAUAAGUACGUAAAGAUCAAUAGAAACAUCAUCUGUUUAACAUUCAGGAUAAAAUCUAUUUUUUUUUCCUGAGUCUUUAUAGGAACCUGCUGCGAAUCGCUUUGUCUGCGAGUUAUUGUUGUCGCUGGUUUCGCUGUCUCUGCAAAAAGGCAACUUCAUGAACACUGAGAGCCCGAUGACGGAUUCCCCGUUUGUUCUGGUGUUGAUAAGUUUGUGGUGCGUAACGGGAUCUAACGCGCUCGUCUCCUUCCUGUUCAAAGCCUGCAGGUGGGACAUUGGACAGAAGGGCUUUCCCAGCAGCAUGGCAGCCACCAACCCUUCCUCCUGCCGCCUUUUCCUCUUCGUCUGCUUCUCCUUCCUCGUCAGUCAGCCCGCCCUCACCCAGGACCCAUCUGUCACCACGAUGACAGUAACCAAAGGCGACCAGUUCAUCGUCCCCACCACGCUGGGCAACCAGACGACCCCCAACUACGUGGAGACGACCCAAAACACCCCCCUAGAGACGGGAUUGUCCACUCCCACAAGUGGUGGAGACGCAGACGACGAGGAUGUCCCUCCAUCUGGCGGGACCCGUUGCCAGGGUUACUAUGACGUGAUGGGUCAGUGGGACCCGCCGUUCAACUGCAACGCCGGCGUCUUUCUGUACUGCUGCGGCACCUGCUUCUACCGCUUCUGCUGCCAGUUCCGCCAGCAGCGGCUGGACCAGAGCAUCUGCUCCAACUACGACACGCCCAUCUGGGCCAACACCGGCAAGCCCGUGGCCACCAUCACAGAGGGGCAGGAGGACCAGGAGCGGGACCGCACGCACCUCAUCGUCUACAUCAUCUGUGGAGUGGUGGCCAUCAUGGUGCUGGUCGGCAUCUUCACCAAACUGGGCCUGGAGAAGAGCCGCGGAGGAAGCGGAGGAGGGGGAGGAGGAGGAGGAGGAGGAGGAGGAGGAGCAGCAGGGUCGGCGCACUCUGACCUCAACUCUAGGACACUGACGGACCUGCUGAAGCAGCAGGGUGGUGAGGUGAGCUCGGUGGAGAACACCACGGCCAGUUCACCCAGCAGAGGGAGAGCCAACGGCAUCUCCGCCAGGAUGCUGCGCAGCAGGAGUGAAAAUUAUCAUCUGAAUAACUCCGCUUACGGGCCGUUUGGACAAGGGCUUCCACACCCGCACAGCAACCACAGCACAGUGGGACUGAACAAGUACACCUCCCUGAAAGCUGUGGCCGACAGUGCAUCUAGUAGCUACUACAAGAGCUUCCCGCUCAUGGACUUCUCCCAGUACCAGCCUGUGGCACCUCCUGCUUUCCAGUCUGUACCAGUGCAGCCCAAAGAGAAGUCCUACAUCCACCAGCCCCUGCCAGCACACCACGACCUCCACGCCCCCCUCUCCAUCUCCAUCCCUUCCAGCCAUCUGGAGCACCAGCGCCUCCCCAAGACCACCACCCACCCGCUCCUCUCCAGCUCGGCCUUCAAGGCGUGGGAGCCAACUGGCCGCCACGUGCACAGGCAGAUCUCCGCCCCGGGGCACAGCUCCUCCUCUAUGCACGGCUCCUCCUCUAUGCACGGCUCCUCUUCUAUGCAUGGCUCCUCCUCUAUGCACGGCUCCUCCUCUAUGCACGGCUCCUCCCGAAGACACGGCUACUCGACCCGGAGGCAGCAGAGCAUAGAGAACAUGCCGGAUCUCUUUAGCCAGCCCUACGGAGCGAUGUAUGGAGCUGGAGCUGGAGCUGGAGGGGGGGCCGGGCAGGGGCAGCACGUCCAUGUGCAACACCCACCUCAACCCCCCUACUACCACCACACCAGGCAGAAGAGCUACUCCACCCACAGUACGACUGAGGUGACCGUCUGAGUGCCAGUGCCUCAGAGAGCGGCCCGCUGCAAUGUUACACACACUAACGAGAAGCUCUGGUGUUGGUUAAACGCCAGAAUUUGGGACAGUUGGCCCAACACGCGAGGAAUAUUAAAACAGGGAGACAUUCAGAUCGAGGAGAUGAAAAGAGGUGUUUUAAUAAGUGGAAUUAAGGAGAGCAGAGAACAGUGUAGCAGAACCACCACUCUUACAGAUUAAUGGACUCAGGUAGUAAAGGUGAUUAUAGGCCCCAGCAAAGGGUCUCGUACAUUGAUCAUACAAAGUAUAUAGAUUCUACCAGAAAGGAAAUCUAUCAAGGUUGCUUAAAAACCACUCUCAGGCUCCUACAGGUCACACAGCCUUCACAGAUUCCCAGCCACCACAGUUUUGUUGUACAGGCCUUAAAAGGAACACGGAUAGGAGAACAAAACAACAACAACAAAAAAUCUUACUAGCACCAGCUCUUAAAGCAGGGAGCAAGCUGGUUUUUACCUGUGAUGAUUUUACAUGUUGGUUUCAGGUCAGAUUUGGCCGUUUGUGUUAGCCAAGAAACUCUGGUUGAGCUUAGGGACAGUAGGUGAUUCGGUACAUGGGGCUGAAAAAAUAACAAAGAGAUAUUCGGCGUAUAAACACGCAGCUGUUGUCACUCACUGCAUCUGAUGUAAAUGUGGUUCAUAACCUUUAAGUUCUACUUCUGUGGUUCACAUACAGGCUGAAGACUUAGACCUCAGGAACUAUUCACUCAAAUUUGAAGGUACACUGAAUUUAUUUAUUUGUUUAUUUUAACUUUUAUUUCACCUUUGUAGGCACUGCAAUGAGGAAAAAACAUGUCCGUCCGCACCCACCCACGGCCCCCUACACAUAAAGGAAUAUUUUUGGUUAAUACACUUGCAGGCUUUCUUAAGGGAGUUAGACGAAAAGGUCGAUUUAGCAGCCAAUUAGCUUAGCAUUAUGUAUUGUAUUGUAUGCUACUUUUAGACAGAGCUAGGCUGGCUUCUCCUUAUGCUAGCUAGGUCGCUCGCUGGCUAUAGCUUCAUAUUUAGCAUACGGUCUGAUUUAGGUACUUCUUUAAGAAAGUGAGUAAGCAUUUUUUAUUUUAUUUUUUUUCCGGAAAAUGUCAAACUGUUCCUUGAAGCCACGCUGAUUAAAUCACAACUGUAAGUAACAACAGGCACAUUAGCAAGUUAAUUAGAGCAGAAAUUCAAUAGAAAAAUGAAGUUUAAAGGUCAUAUACUGUAUCUCCAUGGAGAACCCUGAAUUAAUAAUGCAGCUUUUUCAUUUUGCACUAAAAUUCUCUGCAGUGGUGGUUGUCCUUCGCAGCUUCAGUUGGUUGGGUGUUUUAUUUUUUCUGCAUAAAAUUGGAUUUGGAAGCAAAAAAAAUUCAGCACCAAGACUUUUGAUUAAUUGGAGAUUGCUGAUUCCAAAAUUGUUCCUUCUGUAAUAACUGGAUCAGAGAAAAUUCAUCAAAGCACCAAAAUUUAGAUUAAAUUUCAAAGAUUUAGUAAUUAAGUCAGAUAAGCUCCAUGCAAUCUAUGUCACAUACUAACAUUGUAAUCAUAAACCAUCUAAAAAGGCAUUUCCAGGCCUUUUUGAGACGUUCUUCGAUAAGUUUCCACCUGUUCUUCUUGUAAAAACACCUCUACUCUGUUGCAUCUCUCAGUCUACCUCCAUGUACAGCUGCUCGCUCCCUCGUUUCCUUUCUGUCCCCUCUCGGCCUCUCUCAUCCUCAUUCCACGAUGGAAGCGCUUUGCAUUCUGUGCCAUGAGGCCAAGCAUACAGGGACAGCAUCCCCGCGGUUACAUUAACUCAACGGUGAGGACAAUGCCACCAUCACGUCAGCUCCCAUCAGCCUCCAUCCCAACCGGAGAGAUGGAGAGGAGGAAAGAGAGGGACAGCAGAGGCGCCAGAGGCUGGGACUCUUUAGAAAAAGAAGAGAAAGGGAGGAGAGAGAAGAGAAAAAUAGAAAAACAAACGUACAUGGACGCGUGCUUUCCUUCCUCGGGGGAAGGAAAGGGUAGGAGUCACUGUGGAUCUGGGUCUCUCACUACUGAACUGUCUGGGUCAUAACUCAGAGUGUGUGGACGCCUGUGUGUAAUUUUCUACCCUCAGGCACCAUUACAGGGGAAUUCGCCGAGGCAUUUCCAGACCUGGAGCAUUAGACACUUCUCGUUUCGUCUCUGGAGGCUGGACAGCAAAGGACACUGUGCAGAGCCGCGGCUGCUGCUACGAACGAGGAACAGUUAAUGCAACGUUUCCGCCGUACGUGGCAGUGAAGGUUCAAGUCUGCAACAACCUCAGGAACUGCACGAUGAAGUGAACUGUUGACGACGAUUGCGCGUGUCCAGAAAGACUUCCAAUAGGUUCUGUAAUAAUAUUUGUGCUGAGAGGAUUUUUAUGACGCCAUACUUUUUAUUUGGUUAAAGUGUGAAGUGGUUCUGUAGCAUACAAUAUUAACAGCGCUGCUAUACGAGCUCUAACCAAGACCACCUCCUCUUUGCAGCUAAUAUAACCAGCAUCAAACACAUUCAGGCUUCAGCAAAGUAGCAAGUCUCUCUUUCACUGACAUCACAUAAAAAGACCAUAUUUUUUAGCAAAUCAAAUUCUGGUAACAGCUUUGGAGACUUCUCCGCCCACAUCAGAAGAUGAAUCAGACCCUAAGAGCGAUUGAUAUGCAAAAGGUUUUUUUUUCCCCAACCAGCAGAAAGUGAGUAAUUUUCACAGAAAAACACUGGACUCAACCUUAAGUUAAAAAAGUACAGUUGUUCUGAGAAACAAGAGCUGCAGGGUGAAACUCCCUGACUUUAUGUUGCAUGUUAAAAAACGCACAAAAUCUGGAGGCAUCAUCCACGACCUUCAUGGCAACAAGUGAGAACACUGUAACAUUAAAAUCUUCCUUUUCAAGCCUG